AUGUUGCGGCUGUUUAGAGAGGAAUUCCUUAGUUUUGGUGAGGAAUCUGAAGUGGGCAUCUCUGAGAAGGAUGUUUUCGAAGUGGGGUACAAGAUUUGGUUGGGUUUGGACCAGGUUCGUGCGAGGACUAUCCUUUUUCUUGCGUUUUUUCUUGAAUUUCUUGGGGGUUUUGGUGAUCAGAAAGGAUGUGGAGAAGUUGGAAAAGGGGGAAAAAAUGUGGGGUUUGCUCGAGUUCAGUAUGGUGGUGGCUGUUUUGUGCAUGAGGCGCAGAAUCGCCAUUGCCGGUGGCGAGCGGUGGGGUUAAUCUGGUAG